GCUGUCAGAGCAGAAGAAAGGAUGGCAGCAGGGCAGGAGGAGCCACAGGAGGAAGUAGGGCCUGGACAAAGGGUUCAUCUUUCCAAAAUGAGGCUUUUACUCUUGGGCAGCAGACGAGCUGGGAAGAGCUCGGCGUGUAACACCAUCCUGGGCCGGCACUGGGCCGGACCCGGCAGGACCACCCAGUGCGCGCGGAGCCAGGGAGAGGCUGCGCAGAGGCGGGUCACCGUGGUGGACACCCCCGGGUGGUGGAGGGGCGUCUCGGCGGCGGACACCCCAGAGCUGACCAAGCGCGAGGUGGCUCUCGGCGCCUCGCUGUGUCCCCCGGGGCCGCACGCGCUCCUCCUGGUCCACCGCGCGGACUUCUCCUUCGGGGACGGCGAGCUGAAGGCCUGGGAGGAGCACGUGGAGCUUCUCCUGGGCACGGGGGCCUGGGCUCACGCCCUGGUGCUCUUCACCCACGGCGACCGGCUCGGAGACGGGUCGAGCGCCAAACGGUACAUACAGGCCGAGGGCGAGGCGCUCCGGCGACUCGUCGAAAAAUGCAGGGGCAGGUACCACGUCCUGGACAACAGCUUCAGCCGUGCGGACAGGUCACAGGUCGAGGAGCUGCUGGAGAAAGUGGAGGGGAUCGUUGGGGCGACGGGCGGCCAUUACGCGCUGGACAGAGCGAGAAUGAGGAGCCUGCAGAAGGGGAAGCUAGCGGCGCUGAAAAGGGCAGCCAGGAGGGCCAAGCAGCAGAGGCAGACUGGGAGGACCAAAUUCUUCAAAGUAAACGCUGUCCAGCUCUCUACUCUGAGGAUUAUACUGUUGGGUUACAAUCAGUCGGGGAAAACUUCCGCCGGGAACGCCAUCCUGGGCAGGGAGGCCUUCGACAUGAGACACACCACCGCCUGUGAACGGCGGCACGGAGAAGUGGCCGGGCAACAGUACACCGUGAUAGACACACCCGGUUGGCACAAGAGCGCGCCGGCUGCUGGCACCCCGGCGCCGACCAGACAGGAAAUGACGCGCGCGGCGUCCCUCUGCCCGCCGGGGCCUCACGUCUUUCUGCUGGUGGUGCGCGCCGACGCAUCCUUCGGCGAGGACGAGGGGCGGGCGGUGCGGGAGCACCUGGAGCUUCUCGCCGGCGUUGGCGGCGACGGCGGAGAGCGGAUCUGGUCACACACGCUGGUCCUCUUCACUUGCGCCGACUGGCUGGGAGGGGACGCCGCCGUCGAGCAGCACGUGGAGAGCGAAGGCGAGCCGCUGCGGGAGCUUCUGGACAUGUGCGGGAACCGGUACCACGCGCUCUGCAGUAAAGCCGCCAGCGCCGCCGCCGCCAGCACCGCCGCCAGCGGUCAAGUCGCCAGGCUGCUGGAGAAGGUGAGGGGGCUGGUGUUGCUCAACGGCGGCUGUCAUUUCGACGCAGGAAGCCUGUGGUCAGAAGGACAGGGGGAUGGGGAAGGAGUGGACGAUGGCGAAGACAGACCCAGGAGGAAGGACAUGCUGGAGUGGAACUGGAUGAAACAGGAUGCAUCUGACGGGCUCAGGCGAGUCCACAGGUCCACACGGAACACCUCCAGCUGGUUCCAUACACAGGAAGCCGUUGAACCUGCAGAGAUCAUCCGGCCCUCUGAUUUCCAGGCGAUGAGUGAAGAGGACGGGUCAGACCAUGUGUUUCUCGAAGGGUCAUCCACCGAGAGAUGUCCUCUUCUUCUCCCUCUCUGUGGAUCUCUUACACAAACCUCCCUGCACUGAACACUCUCGCCAGCUCCUCCACCUCUAUCACGGUACUGAUGAGAAGCCCAGAUGGCGGAGGCAUCAAGUUCCCCAAGCUCUUCCACCUGACAGCCGAUCGUGAGAAAAUGUCUGAUUCACACAAUUAACACACACCUCCAGAAAUUGCCUGUCCUCAGAGAUACGAGACAAUUUCUCUCCUGCAGCUGUGGGUUCGGUUCUUAGGGUCUAAACACUCUGGAAACAGAAGUAGGGUGUAAGCAGUUCCUAACAUCCCCUAGCACCUCAGGGCCCUGGGUUUAUAGUAGUUAUUCAUGGCGUACUCAUGGGAUGUCAAACAUGAACAUCUCGCCAUCCUAGUUAAUGCUUUGACUCGGAGGCUGUGCAUGGAAGCGUUAGUCAUUUGCAACUGUUAAAGGCUCCAAAAGUUGUUUGCUCCGAUCCCUCCUUGGGUUCAGUCAUUUGACAUGGCCAAACCCUGCUGCUGCUCCAGGCCCCCUGUGUUAAAGUAGUUUAUCGGGGCAUGCUCAGUGGAUGUUCGGCAUGAGCACCUCUCCAUCCUAGAGUCAUGUUAAUGUCUAUGGUGCAGUACUGUUCAUGCUCUGGUUCUAAGCACUGGAUGUACAAAAUGAGCAUCUCUCCAUCCUAGAGUCAUGUUAAUGUCUAUGGUGCAGUACUGUUCAUGCUCUGGUUCUAAGCACUGGAUGUACAAAAUGAGCACCUCUCCAUCCUAGAGUCAUGUUAAUGUCUAUGGUGCAGUACUGUUCAUGCUCUGGUUCUAAGCACUGGAUGUACAAAAUGAGCACCUCUCCAUCCUAGAGUCAUGUUAAUGUCUAUGGUGCAGUACUGUUCAUGCUCUGGUUCUAAGCACUGGAUGUACAAAAUGAGCACUGCUUCCAGUGUGAUGUCAGGCCCAGCCUCGGUGUAAGCCAAAAUACUGCAUGGCACACAGCUGGCAAGACACAUCAGGACCAGUUUGGAUGAAGCUAUGGACAUCCUCAAAGCAUUAUUAGUACCGCAGUAAUUUAUAGACAAUACGGGUGGUUCAUCAAACGGAGAUGCAGACUACCCCCAUAGUUUUAAAUAAUGACCUCCAAUAUUCAAACAGAUGCUGUGAUGAUCUACUACAUACUGUAUAAGCAUUUCAGAAAUGUGUAUAGUUAUCCUUAUAUUUAAUUUCAUAUAUGCUUAAUU